AUGGUUAUUAAGCAAAGGGAUAAGAGAGGAAGGUUGUAUAGGUGCUACUGCGGCAAGGUCUUUCCGAAAUAUCAAGCAUUGGGAGGUCACAUGUCAAGCCACACAAAGCCUCGUAAGCCGAAGGCCGAGAAGGGGAAGGCACAAAAGCACCAAUGCCAGUUGUGUGAGGCCCUAUUCGAUAUGGGUCAAGCACUAGGUGGACACAUGAGGCGACAUAGGGAAUUGUUGAUGAGGAUCAAAGAUCAAACUCAACAACAUGGUGUUGGUGAGGCUGAACCAUUAACUGAUAGCACGACGAACCACAGGGAAGAGUUGAAGUUGAUGACACAAGCUCAAGCUAAAGAAGAAGACAGAGAAAAUAAAGGAGACGAAGAAGAAGAAGUAAUGGAGAGUGGAACUGGUAGCAGAUUUGUGCAUGCCUUUAAUCUCAAUGAGCCUCCCGAAGCUUCUGAGAUUAUUGGAGACUCCCCUAUGGUCUGA